GCCCACUUUGGGCUCCCCAGAGGAGGGGCCCUGCUGAGGGUGCACAGCCAUAAAAGGUGUGAGCAGCAGCACCUUGGGCUCACCAAACCCUGGAGCUGCCACUGCCAGAAUGAAGCUCCUCUCGCUGCUCCUCUUCUUCCUAGGACUGGCCUUUGCCAGCUGCAACGUGUUCCAGUUUGCAAGGAUGAUUGAGAAGAAGACGGGGAAAUCGGCGCUGGCUUACAAUGCAUACGGCUGCUACUGCGGCUUGGGCGGCUCCAAACAGCCCCUGGAUGCCACCGACUGGUGCUGCCAUGCCCACGACUGCUGCUACAAGAAGUUGGCCGCCUCCGGCUGCAGACCCAAAACGGUCACCUACAAAUACGACAUCCAAAGAAACCAAAUAACCUGUGGAAACGGGAACUCGUGCCAAAAACGGACGUGUGCGUGCGACAAGAGGGCGGCGGAGUGCUUCCAGAGGGCAGCCAGCUCCUACCGCAAAUCCUACAGCAACUACCCCAACUUCAAGUGCCGGGGCCGCACACCCUCCUGCUGAGCACUCCUGCCAGGCUGCAGCUCCAAACCUGGCAGACACCCUCACAGCUGGGGCUCCUGCCUUCCCUCUGGCCAGGCACAGCCCUGAAGAAGUGUCCAGCACCUUUCCCCAGAGCCUUAGCACAGGGGAAAUCUGCUUCCCUUUGUUUAGUAACUCAUAACAAUGAGGUAAACCCUGCAAAUAAAGAUUUGCAAUGUUUCAAAA